GUGGAGAGGAGCAGGCGACUACUGAUAAGAAACCGCUGAUAAGGCACGGCACCCGCGAAGACCUACAGAUGCCCGCUUCCAGGCGACAGCAGCAGCUGCAGACAGUUCUUACCGGUUUGGACGAGUGUCUGGGCAUCGCAUCGGACAAAGACAAAGCGCCGAUGGCAUCGACUAUACAAAAUGGCCUGAAAGUGGCACUGAGAAAGCGCAUUAAGGAUGCACUCAAGUGCCUGAAAGCAGAGACCAUAAAGCGGCAAUCGCAUGCGGUCACCGCAAAGGUACUGCAGAGCGAGGCCUUCCGCCAGGCGCAGCGUGUGAGCAUCUAUCUGAGCACCAGCGGCGAGGUGGACACCACCGAGCUCCUCUGCGAGAUGUUCCGACUGGAGAAGAUGGUGUUUGUGCCCAGCUAUGAGGGCGCGAGCAUGAAAAUGGUGCGCCUACGUGGCAUGGAGGAGUACGAGAACCUGCCCCUGACCAAAUGGAACAUCAAGCAGCCCGACUUCAAGGAGACACGCGAAGACGCCAUGACCAAUGGUCACGGCAUUGAUCUGUUCAUUGUGCCCGGCGUUGCAUUCACCCGGUGCGGUGCUCGCAUGGGCCAUGGCAUGGGCUACUAUGACAAAUUCCUGCGCCAGCACUCGGACAAAUAUCCCCACAAGAAGAUCUCCUUCAUGGCCCUGGCCCUCAACGAGCAGAUUGUCAGCCAGGAGGAGCUGCCCCUGGAGAGCCAUGAUGUGCGUUUGCACAGUGUUAUAACAGAAAAGUAAACCGCAGAUCUUUUCGAUCCUUAUUAACUGUGUAUAGAUCCGAGCUUUAUUGCGAAUGGUAUAAUCAAGACAAACUGACAUCGAACCCCCAUCUUCCGGGAGAUCUCGACUUAAAUUAAGGGGAAAUACAUUGAAGCUUAAGAUGCAGA